AUGACGUCCGACGAGAUUGCCCAGCUGCGGGCCGAGAUUGCGGACCUCACGCAGAAACUGGAAGAAGCCGAUGAUGCCAAGACAAAAGCGGGCCUCUUUGGACUACAAUUGGUCCAGGAAAAGGAAUUCUUGGAACAACAGAAACAGGAGCUCUCCAGAGACAAGGAGACACUGCAGCAGGAACUGGAGAGUUGCAAGGAGGUGAGAUUUGGGUUUUUUUGUUGGAUUUUAGGACCGAUUUUGGCUUAAGAUGCCGGUAGAAGGCGGCAACCUUGUUUGUGUCAUAACUGGACAGGCAAUAGACCGUUUUUUGCGAAUGAGACAUUUUCUGCCAUAGGGGUUGAUACGAAAUUCGAGAUUUUCAAUAACAACAACCAUUUCUUUUAGCUCGUUUUUUUCGAUUUUUUUGUCAGCUCGUGAAGCUCUUACGGCAUAGCUUAUUUUAAAAAUUGUAGGUCCAAAAAUUAUGGUCUACGGGUCAGUUUGAUAUAUGAUUUACAUAAAACAAUCUGCUGACUGCGGAGUUAUGUCUAAUAGAACCUUGAGACCCUUGACUGGCAAAAAAGUCUCAACGAUUUCCGAAAAGCGCGGCUUAAAAAUCACCUAAACGCCUCAAAAAAGAUUACUCAAAAUUUGCGCCAAAUCUCAUCAAAAUUUGAAAGCUCUGCCUCGGGGAUUUGCCUUUGGAUUUUACAGCAAUUAGCCAAAAAAAUGAAGCUUUACAGUCAUAUUUCUAUGCGAUGAUAAAAGUACUAUCUGCAGGCCUUGAACAAAUACCGAGAUGAACACCGGAACGCCGCGAUCUCCGAGCUCCACCAUGAAGCCAGUUUGUACGAGGACAAAGAGAAGCUGGAAGAGGAGUUCAAAGAGUCGGUGAAGCAGUACGAAGAGCGGAUCAAAGUGUUGACGCAAGAACUCGAACGGAACAAAGUCGAAAUUGAACGGCUUCAAACUUCUGAGCAGGAACAGGCCAGGCGAUUAGAGGAGGUUGAAGAGCAGAGGAAGCAGUUCAAAGAUGAACUCAAGGAUUUGAAGGUAGGUUGAGAAAAAAGGGAUUUUCUUAUUUUUUUGGUACAGGUUACCAUAUAGCAAUCUUUUUUUAGUAAGUUUACGAGAAUUUGGAAAUAUAUUACGCUUCAAAAAUCUAAAAAAAGUUAAUUUUUGGAUGCCUUCUUAACUUGUAGUGUACCUCAAGAACACUUUUCGAUUUUCUUAAAAUUUUGCAGACAUACGUUAUAUAGUCCGCAGUUCAAUCGCUGAAAAUUUUAGCUUCCGCUUUGCCUUCGAAGCGGAGAUAUUGACAGUUCUUUUUCUUAGAGAGCAAUCAAGAUGAGGAGAGUCGGUUAGAUAAAAAACGCUUUUGUCUCGUAUCAUUGCGAAUUUUGGUCGUAAAAAAAAAGAUUUGUUGGGGAGCUAAUGUGCUACAAGUUUGUAAUAAGACACCUAUGUUUUUAUUAAUAAUGGCAAAUUUGCUGAUUUUAAGUCAUCUUCCAGCUGAAAAUUUCCAUUUAUUUUUAGGACCGCGAACAAAAGCUGGUCAACGAAAACAACGACCUUGAAGAGGAGAAUGUGAACUUGCAAAAGCAAGUGUCCAACCUCAAAUCCGGCCAGAUUGAGUACGAAAACUUGAAGGUGGAUUUCACUCGUGUCCUUGAGGAGAACGAACAUCUCCGGAAUCAGGACGAUGAGAACCGCCGCUUCCAGGAGAUGUACGAAAAACAGAUUGAGGAGUCGUUGGAGCAGGCCAAACAUGAGCGAGAGUUGCGGCAUUCCGUGCAGAAGGAGCUGGAACACAUGAAAAAUCAGGAGCAAAUGUCCAACCUGAACAGUCUUUACAUGAGCUUCAGCGCCGCCAAAGCCGACAACGACGAGGAGAGAGUGAAUGAGCUGGAGCGCUCGAUGAUUGCGGAUGCUCCGUUGGAUAGUAUCAAGCUGGAAAAGGGGACCGAUUUGUUCUCGGAACUUCAUGGGUCGGAGAUUGCAAAGUUGCAGGAAGAGAAUGACAAUCUAAAUAAACAGCUGGAGGACUUCAAGGAAAAUGUGGGAAGAGCGUUGUCGCCAUUGUUGCAAAAACUCCAACUGGCUGGAUUGACUGGUGGGUUUUUGUCGGGAAAUUUUGAAAUUUGUUAUACAAAGGGAGGACCUUUUGCGACGCUCAGAUUUACUUUAAAUUUUGCUGACAUUUCUGGCAUAGGUCACAUGUAAAUUCCUGAAAAUUUUGGCUUGCGCUUUGCAAGGGCUGCCGAGAUAUUCAACAAUCCUUGAAGCCGAGAGAGUACAUGAAACGCGGAGAGCGGUCACAGAGAAAAACACUUUUUGGCCAUAAUUAUGCCAGUUUCAUGCGGAAAAAAUUGAUUUUUGGUGGAAACAUUACUCUCUGCAGUAGAAAUAGACAUAGAACUUUUCAUGCCAAAAUUUGCAAAAAACUGUCAUAACUUUUCCAACUUUUGACUAGAAAAUGUCGGUUGUUUCUGCAAAGCACGAGCUAGAAGUCUCGCAUAUAUCUCAGAGAAAAUUAUUCUAAAUUUGUGCCCAGUGUCAUCAAAAUCCAAUCGUCACACUUGGGUACCUCCUAUUACAUUUUUUAUGGUCGCUAAUAUCUUAAAGUCGAAUGUAAACAAUACGAUUUCUAUUCAGACUCCAGCGACAUCGUCAAACUAAAGGAUAUCAUCCACGAUGCCGUCGCCAAAUUGGACGACAAAUUCAAAUCCGGCACGCCCGACAAGGCGACCGAGCGCAAGGUCGAGCAACUCAAAUCCGACCUGCGCAGUGUGAUUCUGGCCCUGGGAACGAAGCAUGCGCAGCUGGCCGCCGCGCAAGACCGCUUCCUGCAUCUCGGUGAGCACGUUGCCCAGUUGUACGGUGAGAUCGCCGCGAACGGCGGGGAGGACGAGGAACGGCAGAGGAAAGUGACCGCCAUUCAACAAACCAUCCGCAACUUGGCUAAGAAAAAUGCCGAAGUGGACGAGAACGAGGACAGUGGAGUGGAGACGCCGGAGAGCGAACGGGACACAAAAUCACCCAAAACUUUGCCGUCGGUCAACGUCUCCAGGACGUUGAUCUCGCAGAAGUUGGCACAAGAAGUGUCGAGCAAGUUGCAGUCGGGCGUCACGUUGAACGAGCUCCUCAACGAAGCGGAUCGGCGCGAGAAAUUGGCGGAAGAGCAGGAGGAUUUGGUCCAGAGUUUCGACGCCUUCCAAGAAGUCAUGAAAGUCCUGCGACAGGCCACCGAAAACGUGGUCCAAAGCAAAAUGGCCAUGGAGGACAAGGAUAAGGCCGAGUUGUGUCAGCAGAUCAGUAAGCUGAAGUCAUUGCUGAACGUGAAACGCGAGCAAGUCAGCUCGUUGCGAACCGUUCUUCGGUCCAACAAAUCGGUGAAUGAAAAUGCCCUCCAGUCGUUGAAGUCCAAGUUCGACACGGAGAAGAAGAUCAAGGAUGAGACCAUUGCUCAGCUGCGCAAGGAGUUGAAGCAGUUCAAGGAGGACGCGGCAACAUUCGCCUCAAAUCGCGCAAUGCAUACGGCGAGGAAUGAGGAGUUGCAGGCGCAGGUAAGAGGGCUUGUAUUCUUAACAAAAAAAACAGCUCAAGUUUUUUGAUUUCGAUACAAUGGGGGACCUGAUCCAGUGGCAAAAAACGUACCAUUUUGCACCCGGGGAGUAUCAAAAAAAUAUAGAAAAAUACCUCUCUCUCCAACUGAAAAAAACUCCGAUUUCAAAAGCGCGCCCGCUCUUUUUGAGGGUCCUUUCAAACGAAGUUUUUCCACUUGGAGAGGUAAGAAUUUUGAUCCAUUUUUUGAUACUUCCCGGAUGCAAAAUGGUACGUUUUUUGCCGCUGGAUUAGGUCCGUCACUGUAGCUUUGAUGCCGUUAUCGAAAGGGAAAACCCUCAAAAGAUUUAUUGAUAAUUUCCCUCAUUUUUCAGAACGAACAACUCCGCAAGAAGUUGGAUCAUGUGGAAGAAGAGAAGAAGACCCUCAAUCAACUUCUGCGAAUGUCAAUUCAGCAAAAACUCAGUGCAACGCAGCGUCUGGAAGAGUUGGAGAUUGACCGAGAGCGUUCCACCUUCAAGCGCCCAAUCCGUCAACCACAGGGCCCUCCGCAACCGCAACGCGAAGUCCGCGCUGUUCGCUAUCCGGCUGGCGGUCAGGCCAACAACAAUCAGACCUCGCCGCGGGGAUCCAAGUAG